AGCUUUCGCUUUCGGAGUCGUGUUCACGACAACGUGUGUUUGUGUCACAGUGCAGCACGUUCUGCUUCGUUUAAACGGCGCUGAAAGUGAGGCAUUUUCAUAGCGUCACCGAAACCUUUUCGCAGCAGUACGCGCCUCCGUCUCGUGUCUGUCGUCUGCUACGCCACGCCAAAGCGAGUCGACUGCAUAGCGCUUUCGUUCCAGUUUACAAUUGUGGCAGUGCGUGUAUGGUUCUGAAAAAAGGAAAAACACCAUUUGUGAAGCGUCAAGGUGUGGUCUUCUGUGUGUUUGAGACCUCUCCCAUGAGUGCAACGGACGCGUAGAACUUUUCCUUGCCGGAGAGAAACGUCCCGUCGUUUCGCGCGGAGUGAACUCGGCGGAUCGGCGGCGGCAUGGGUAAACGCCCGCGCUCGGCGAUCGCCACGGCGGUGCCCUCUGCGCAUGCGCCAGCGCGGGGGCCCAAGAUGGCCGGCCACCUGGCCGCUCUGACUGCCGACGGUGGAAUACCACUACUGACGCGGAAGAUAGGGGACGUCAAACCGCUACCUUUUGCGUCAGUGGGCACGCUCAACGGCGUACACCUGUUCUCGCAUCUGAGGGGCGCUUCCCUGCACAGCACCACCACCAAAGGAGCCAAGGCCGUCUGGAGGAGCUACCACGACAGCGUGGUGUUACUUGUGGUGACCAACAACGACAACUCGAGCGACGAGCACCUGAACCGGCUGCUGGACAACGUGUUCGCCGCCAUGGUGAUGGCCGUGGGGCUGGAGACCCUGCAGACCAUACACAACGUCGACAGGCUCAAGCGGGAACUCAGGGUUUGUUAUCCCGUGGUGGAUCAUCUGUUGUGCCAACUGGAUCAAGAUGCUUGCACACUCGGCGACCUUACGGGCGUCACCGACUUCAUCCUAUGUACAGAAAGCCAUGCCCUUCAGCACUACCUGGACACGUUCGUGGAGGAAGUGGACAGCCUGUACGGCUGCCUGCUGGUGCGGGGAAAAGUGGCCGUGGCCACCAAGCAGUGGAUGCGCCUCACCCGCGAGGAGACCACGCUGCUGGCUAUCGCCGCCCGCGCGGGCACGCGCUGCAUUUCUCGCGAGACGCCCGUCUACCUGCCCACCAGCUGCCCACUGGUCAGCAACCGCCUGGUUACACUGCAGUUGACGCAGGGUGUUGAACUGUGCCUUCUCUGCGGACCAGCACCAUCUUUACCAGUUCUCGAGGAAGAGGUGUGCAGGUUCUGGAACGACGCUUUCGACUUGCUCAAAUCGGCCUCUAGUGUGCAUCCUAGAAACUUCCCGCUUUGCUCGACGUCCGAUAAGAAGACCGUGACGUUGCCUCCACUGGACAAAAACAUUCUGGGGUUCCUCCUGGUAAACGUGAAGAAGCAACGGAGCCUGACGAGCGUGCACCCCGUGGAGGAUGAGAUUGGCCGCACGAAAGACGGCAAGUGCGUCAGCCUGCGCAAGCGCCAGGAAAUGCUGCGUGCGCUCUACAAGCUCGUCAGAUCCGCCUACUUCACGACGAUGGACGACGCCGAGGGGGCGGCCUCGAAUGCAGGCAGUUCAAGUCACCAGGCUACAGAAGUGUACAUGUGUACAGAAACGCACAAGAACUAUGCCCUUCGAAAUAAUGAUUAUGAGCUGUACAUUUUGUUCUCAUCAUCUAUACCAACAUUCACCAUGAGAUCUGUCACCCACAAAACACUCAAGGCCCUCACAACCAACAAAGUCUGUGUUCUCUGACAGUACAGCAUGGCGCCUGGCAACACAACCUUAAUCUAGUCUGUGAUAUUUACCUAAGAAAACCCUGUUAAGUGCCCUACAUUUUGAUUACCUCAUGUAGAGAUAAUAUAUUUGCGCAGGACUGCUGCACCAAGGUUGUGACGAUGCUUCUGUAUAGCUUAUCCAUGAUGUUCGCAAGAGCUUGGAUGCCUUUGGCAAGAGAGGAGGAAAGCGAUUGUUAAUUGUCAUAUGACAGCUUGCCUUUCAAAGAACUUACCUUAUGCUUGAGUGAAAUGAUGCAGGUAUUGGCUGUAAAAGAUCUUAUUUGCAUUUUUUUUCCCCCGAUGAAUGUGCCUCACUACAAAACACCAAUUUAAUGCCACUGGGAAGUUUUGCGUGCUAGAUAAGUCUUUUUUUCUAUUUCUUAAAUACAUAUAGCAUGACCCCACAAAAAGAAAGGAUUUGCUCAUUGUUCAAUUGUACCAGGAAAAAUAGUGACCUUUUACACAACUGCAAACCAUUGCUCUUAAUUUGGAAUUGAAAUGCCAGGGUUGUCAAAUGGGGUAUAAUGCAUACAGAACACAUUACAUUAGUUUCAUUUACCCCUAUGACAGAUUAAUUUUCUAGGGUGACAAAGAAUAAGAAUAGGAUUUUCAUGUAGAAAGUGUGCUGUUAAUGGAAAGAAUUCCUUUUCGCCCCAUUAUUGCUGUUUCUUUUCCCCCCACUCGUACAGUGCCGAGUUGUAACACUUGUUCUUGCAGUCAUGAUCAUUACAAAGAACUAGUAUUUCUGGCGGCCCAGAACCUACAAUUGCAACAUAAUGCACCUCAUGCUUCAUGUUAAAAGCACAUAUACGAUAUAGCCCCUGCUUUUAAUAUAAAUAGAGACAGAUCAGUGAUAAACAAGUACCUUUCACUAAGGCAAAGCAUGUACCGCUGCUCUUACAAGCGCUAAUAAGGCAGUAAUGGCUAGCUUAAAGCGAAGAAAGUAUGUACAGCCUAGAUAUAUUUGCAUGUAAGAAAGAACUCAGAUGUAAUUGGUAAAAAGUGCCCUGCUUUCACAAAAGUUACUAGUCACUGCAGCAGCAAAACCUUUUCCAACAUCUUUGAAUUCAUGCUACUGAAAGGUUGUUCCUGUAUUGGCGGCGAGGAGUUACGGAGUCGCCAUCUGUCGGAAGCGCCUCACUUGCGUAGUAUGAGGGAUCACGCGGUGCGCUCCUCAUAGGUUUCGCUUACGGCGCUCAAUAAAAACAGCACGCAGCAGCCCUCCUGGACAUUUAUGCAGGUACUCUCAAAACGAGGGAAGUUUUUGAAUGUCGAUAUAAUAGGGCUAACUAAAAGCACAGAAUCGUUUACAGACGCUAUCUCUUUACCGAAUACGUACAGUACGUGACCGCCACUGCCCGCAGUCGCCGCGAUGGAGUCUCUCGAACCGGCUUCUUGCGUGAAAGGUUGGCAAACGCUGAGAGUAAAGGAUGUGAAAUAUGUUCUUAUAGUGGGCUGUCUGAAUAGCCAAAUGAGGCAUAACAGAAUGGAGCCUCAAUCCAGCGAUCGCACGGUUUCGCAGCGAGCGACUGCGCGUCUGCACGCAUGUCUGCGCACAAUGUUUUGCUUUCGCUGUGAACGCGUUUUCACACCAUGUCGUGGGCUGUCGGCCGCAGCAUAUGAGCAUUUGACAGUACACUAGCAACCAUUGUUGCAUGGACGCUAUCAGAACCGUUAAAAAACAAUUCCGUUAUAGACUUUGACGCCUAUAUCUACGGCGACUGUGAUGUGCCGUCGCGACGAUUCAAUCUUUGUCUUCUAAAUUCUUGGACAUUUCAAUAUUAUUUCUCAAGUUGCGUCGCACUGUAUGUUCAUCGGUCUUCUCAUCGUGCGAUUUCCCUCUGCUUGAUUUUUGUAAUCCAGAGCAUUAAUUUAUAACACAAAUAUGACUAUAUGCCGUGCCUUUUUUUAAUGUGCGUCUUACCGCUCCCUUUCCUUCCCAGUGAACUUGCCAGUAUCUAGCAUCAACAAGUUCAUAGACCAAACUGUCACGACAUUAGCCGGGCAGCGGGCGCGGGCGAGCGUCUCAGUGCGCGUUUUCUGCUACUCAUUGAACAUCGCGCAGUCCCGGCGCUGUAGCAGAAAUGUUCGCCGCGUCUGUGCUUGCUGCAUACCCGAGUUGUAGCCGAUGGCUGUCUGCCGGUUCUAAGUUUCGCCCGCCAAGCUUCACGCAGCUUCCUGCCCUGUGGCUACGUGUGAAUAAGGCUGACACCGGGCUCCAUUGCGUGCGUCCGGCACUGCGGCACCGAGCAGUAACCUACCAAGCUGCACGCCUCCAGAGGCAGCUACUACCUACUAUAGUACUUUCAAAUGCUGUCAAGCAGACACCCAAGGCGGUAAAGCCUCACCACUUAAUCAGAACCGCGGCGCAGGUGGGACUUUUAAACUUUCGUUUUCAGCUCGCUUCGGCGCUUCCGAAGCAGCCGAUGCGGCCGCCGUGUCCACGUGAUCCCUCAUGCCACGUCACGCCGACGGUGGCGCUAGCUUUUCCAGUGGUCGAGCUCGCCGCCAAUAUCAAUUACAGUCAGCUUGUAUUAAUUCAGACUCCUCUAUAGCACAGGUAUUUGUUUGAGCCAUCUGUUGUAUGAUACAAAACAAAAUUAGGGACUAUUAUGUGUACAAAAGUGACUGAACGGUCACUGCGAGGUUUUGUAGACUGCACAAGCACAUUUAGAAUAGCAGAGCUGUGAACGGGCAGCCAAGUUGGUGGCAGUGCUUACUGGCACCUUCCAGCAUAAAACAAGGGCAAGUCUUUGACCAUUCAGUCCUUGGAAUAUUCCAUCACCAGUUGUUUUUGACUGCACUGCUCUUUUCUGGAAAGGAUUAACCAAAAGCAUUGUUCAAAUGAACCAGUUUCAAAAUUCACUGAAAGUGUAACUUGCUAAUGAAUAUCAUCAGACUUGUUUCAAUUAACUGACAUCCUAAAUUACCAGCAUUUAAAUUAUGAUGAGUUGACUGUUCAUGCAAAGGCACCAGUACUCUUUGAAAAGAAACGGCUGUUGUGUUAUGUACAUACUAAUUUAUUUCUGUGACAAGAAUGCAAGCGUUGAAAGAUGGGGUGAUGUAAUGUAAAAAGCAGUCGUUUGCAAUCACACUUUUCACUGCACAUUGCUUCGAUGAUGAGCUUGACACAAGGACUUUACAUUCAUCAGUGUGCAGCACUUCAAGAAAGAAGAAAAAACGAAGAAUGCAAGAGUGCACAGGUAGCGAACAUACAAUGCCAAGAGUGAGAACAAGUUUAACAUUGUACAUAAACAAGCAGAUGCAAGUGGAUGGAAUCUGAUGCGUGUGUGCAUUUUCUAGUCGGCAUGAAUAAACAGGAGCUUCUAUGUUUUUUUAUACAGAA